AUGAAGCUUAACUCGUACUUAAAAUUGGCAUCGUAUGCCGCAUUAUUCUCCAUGUCACAAGCUGCUCCAGCGUUGAUAACGAGAACACAUACUGCUCCAGCAGUUACACAUUGGGUUACAUACACGAGUAAUACUGUUGUUAAAGUUGUUACGGUGCAGGAUACCGUGAAUCACACCCCACCAGCUGCUGCUGCUGCUGCUGCUCCUACUCCAGAAGCCGGUCAAGACGACCAACAAAAUGAGGCUACUACUUCUACUCAAGCUGAUGAACAAACACAAAAUACUACUCCAGCUACCAGCCCACAAACUACCCCAGAAACUACUCAACAGACUACUCAACAGACUACUCAAGAGACUACUCAACAAACUACUCAACAGACUACUCAAGAGACUACUCAACAAACUACUCAAGAUAACGCACAAACCACACCACAAACCACCCAAGAUAACGCAGAAACCACUCAACAAGCCACUACUCAAACCACCCAAGAUAACACACAACAAACUACUUCUACCGAGCCAACUUCCACUCCUACUACUUUGAGCACUUCAAGCACUUCCAGUACCUCCAGUACCUCGACUGAUUCAACUUCCACUUCCGGAUCCACCGCUUCCUCCGGCUUCGAAGCUGAUAUUUUGAAUGCACACAAUGAAAAGAGAGCCCUUCAUGGUGUUCAAUCUUUAGCAUGGAAUGAUACUUUAGCCAAAUACGCUGCCGAAUAUGCUGCUUCGACAUUCUCAUGUAACAACGUUAAAUUAGUCCACUCAAACGGCCCAUAUGGUGAAAACUUAGCUGCUGGUUACUCUGGUGGUAGCAAGCCAGUCGAAGCUUGGUACAACGAAAUUAAGCAAUAUGACUUCAGCAACCCUGGUUUCAAUGAAGCCACUGGUCACUUCACUCAAUUAGUCUGGAAAUCAACCAGUCAAGUCGGUUGUGCUAAAGUUACUUGUGACAAUUCUUGGAGUCAAUACACAAUUUGUGAAUACUCUAACACUAGAGGUAAUGUCGUGGGUACUGACUCCAAGACAGGGAAGAGUUACUUUGCCGAAAACGUUUUAGAACCAGUUAGUUAA